ACCAAUUCAUCAAAUAUUUGUAUUUAAACCUUUAAGAUCAUAUCUAAUAGCAUAGAUUUGGACAGAGUUGUACUCAACACAGAACACAAGCAAGGACAUUAAUAUGUUGCUGCAAAUAACAGUAAUGAUCGCAUUAACUGCAUCUGUUCUGGGACACGGAAGACUCGUUUCUCCUCCCGGAAGAUCUACGAUGUGGCGUUAUGGAUACAGAACACCUAAAAAUUACAACGAUAACCAAUUAUAUUGUGGUGGCUUCAGUCAACAAUGGAAUAUGAAUGGUGGUAAAUGUGGAGUGUGUGGAGACCCUUGGAAUGAAGCUCGUGAAAACGAGGCUGGAGGGAAAUAUGCAAACGGUAUUGUUACGGGACACUAUAAAUCAGGACAGACAAUUGAGGUUAAAGUCCAAGUCACUGCAACUCAUCUUGGAUACUUUGAGUUCCGUCUCUGUCCAGUAAAAAAUCAACGUCAACCAGCCACACACGCAUGUCUGGAUAGAUAUCUUCUCCAACAACCUAACGGUCGAACAAAGUUUAAUGAACCAGGCGCUGUUGGUACAUAUACAGUUCGUUUGGUACUUCCUCGGGGGUUGUCAUGUAAACAGUGCGUUUUACAAUGGAAAUGGAAUACAGGGAACUCAUAUCGUUGUGAUAACAACCAUAAUUGUUGUACUGGCUGUGGACCACAAGAACAAUUUUAUGGCUGUGCAGAUAUAGAAAUUUCUGGGAACAUUUCAGGGCAAAAUGUGGGUACAUGCCAGGCAACCCCAAUGUUCAAAAGUAUGUAUCCGUAUGCCGACGACUACUGUGUUUCCGAAUGCAACAAGAAUAAGUGUCCACCAAGUGCAUAUUGCACUGAUGCUUGUAGAAAUCAUUGAUUUGUUAUGGACAAAACUUUUUAUACUCUGACUUUUUCACUGUUGUAUUCAAUGAUUUAUUUUUGUUUUUGUUUUUAUAUUAUUUUUGUUAUCACAUGUUUUUACUGUUUUGCAUAAUUUCUAUGUUCAUUUUUAUAAUGAACAAAGCUCUUUCGAAGUAAUAAGUUAAUCUUUUUGUUAUACAGUAAAAAUUAGGAUGUGAUAUGAUGGCCAAUGGACCAAUGCGACUAAAGACCGAGGUACAUUGAUGUAAACAACUAAAGGUUACCAUGCGGCAUUCAACAAUGAGAAAACCCCAAACUGCAUGGUACGGAAAAAAAUAAUCAAAAACUACAAAGUUAGAAAUAAAAAAAGAACGUGUUACAUACUGUUAUGUAGUCAUUGCAUGGUUCACUCCCAUUAAAAAAAAUAGUUCGUAGGAAAAUAAACAUAACAACUGAAACACAUGAAACACAGGAAGUACUCAGACAAGCGUUUUGAAAAAUGAUGUCUAGAUGUAUGACAAACGGGACGGCGUUCAUUUUCCUGAUAUUAUGUCAAUUUUCCUGAAUUGUGCAAAUGUGAUAUGCUUUUUCCCUCUUUGCAUUACCAUUUGAGAGUCAAUGGACGAAAACUUGUAUGUCUUUCAUCGAGGAUUUUAAUAUCAAAACUUUUACUUACCGUCAAAUUCUUACUUUCCCCCUAAUAAAGGGUCUAAUCAUGGAAGAAUGAUUAGUACAUCGCAAUAAAUUAUGUAAAUUGAGGCAUUUUUCCUUAUGAUAUUUUUUGUUUUGUUUUGUUUUGUUUUUUUUUUUUUUUUUGCUAAAUAAACUUAUUGACAAAUGUU